AUGGAGGGAGAAGCAAACGAACCGGCUAUCGGCAUCGACCUCGGUACAACGUAUUCUUGUGUUGCUGUUUGGAAUCAGCGUGGAAUCGAAAUCAUACCCAAUGAGCAAGGCUACCGAACCACACCGUCUGCGGUUGCUUUCGUUGAUGCAGAACGUCUCAUUGGCGAUGGUGCAAAGAACCAAGUGGCUAUGAACCCUGCUAACACCAUAUUUGAUGCGAAGAGGCUGAUUGGACGGAAAUUCAGUGAUUCCAAAGUGCAGGAGAAUAUGAAAUUGUGGCCUUUUAGGGUGAUAAAAGGGCCUGCAGACACUCCAAAGAUUGUUGUUUCUUACAGAGGUGAAGAGAAGGAAUUUUUAGCCGAAGAGAUUUCGUCAAUGAUUCUUGGAAAGAUGAAAGAAAUUGCUGAUGCCUACCUUGGAAAGGAUGUGAAAAACGCUGUGAUAACUGUCCCGGCUUACUUUAACGAUUCACAACGUCAAGCAACCAAGGAUGCAGGCACUAUUGCUGGUUUAAACGUUCUUCGCAUGAUCAAUGAGCCUACCGCAGCUGCAAUUGCUUAUGGUCUGGACAAUAAGUUAGCGUUUGUUGGUAAGAUAAAUGUGCUAAUCUUUGACUUGGGAGGAGGUACUUUUGAUGUCUCUCUGUUAACGAUUGAGGAAGGGGGUGUUUUUGAGGUGAAGGCUGUUUCUGGCGACACUCAUUUGGGAGGUGAGGAUUUUGAUAACCGCAUGGUGGAUCAUUGUGUUUCAGAAUUUAAAAGGAAAUGGAAGAAGGACUUGUCAGGGGACCAAAGAGCAUUGGGGAGGUUGAGAUUUGCUUGUGAGAAAGCAAAAAGGAUUCUCUCGAGCACUACUCAAACAUCAAUCGAAUUAGAAUACUUGCAUGAUGGGAUUGACUUUUCGAUGAAAUUCACUAGAGCUAAGUUUGAAGAGCUGAACAUGGGUUUGUUUAGUCAGUGCAUUGAAACUUUAGACCAAUGUUUAAAAGAUGCUAAUGUGGACAAAUCAUGGGUAAACGAGAUUAUUCUUGUUGGUGGCUCGACUAGGAUACCCAAGGUUCAACAUAUGCUGAAGGAACUCUUUGGGUGGAAGGAGCUAUGCAAAAGUGUGAACCCUGAUGAGGCUGUUGCAUAUGGUGCAGCAGUUUUGGCUGCAAAGCUAACUGGUAAUGGUGAUCAGAGUGUCCGCGAUUUGUUACUAUCGGACGUCACUCCUUUGUCUCUUGGUGUAGAAGUAGUUGGAGAUUUAUUUGAUGUGGUGAUACCUCGGAACACCGUAGUACCAAACAAAAUUUCCAAAACAUAUGUGACAUGCAAAGAUGACCAAUCUUCCAUGUAUUUCAAAGUGUAUCAAGGUGAAAGAACCAAAUCAACAGACAACCAUUUAUUAGGGCUGUUAAAAGUUUAUGGGAUCCCACUUGAUCCAAAAGGAGUUCAAAAAUGCAAGUUAUGCUUUCAAAUAGAUGCCAACAGUAUCCUCACGGUCACAGCUAAUAUAUUAUCUACUGGUAUGACGAAGGAACUAAUGAUUACCAAUGAAAAUGGAAGACUCUCUAAGGUAGAGAUUGAGAAGAUGAUAAAAGAUGCCGAGAAGUACAGACAUGAGGACCAAGAAUUCAAGAAGAAAGUUGGUGCAUACAACGCAUUAGAGGAUUGUUUAUACAAAAUGAAGAAGAAGAUCAAAGAAUACAAUGUCAACAAGAAGUUGCACCCAGAUAGCUUGAAGCAAAUGGAGAAUGCCAUUGUAGACACAACUGUGUGGCUGGAGGACAACCAAGAUGCACCUAUUGACAUGCUUCAGCGCAAGAAGGUAUACCUUGAGUUUGUGUGCGCACCCCUCAUGUAGUUCUCAAAUUAUGUUGGUUAAACUUUGGGAUAUUUUUUGUUUGUUUUUACAUCUUGG